AUGGGGAACACCUUGAGUCAGUUUUUCUUGAUACCAGCUGCAUCUCUAACGGAAAAUAAUUGCCCUGAUCAAAAAGGACGAGUGAGUGCAGGUAGCAUUACUCUCCAACCCCCAUCGAAUUGCCCUCAACUCUCUGACGUACUCAGGUUUCCCUCAUCACGGGUGGUUAUGCCGGCGUAGGCUUUGAACUAUGCAAGAUUCUCUAUGCCAAAAAUGCGACGGUUUGGAUUGCAGGCCGCUCCGAAGUCAAAGGCAAAAAGGCGAUUUCUAUCAUCAAAGAGAAAUGUCCCAAGAGCAACGGCUGUCUUGAAUUUCUGUGUCUUGACCUAGCGGAUCUCCACUCGAUCCAGCCCGUGGUACAGGUUUUCACUGCUCAAGAACAACGCCUCGACGUUCUCGUAAAUAAUGCCGGUGUAUGUCUUCCUCUCAUCCCCGUGCCGGUACCUGAUGCCCGGUACUUCUGAAUGGAACUUCAUCUGAUGUGUCUGUGAGUUCGUAGGUCAUGUAUCCUCCCCACGGAAGUACCGAUGCUCAUGGCAACGAGCUGCAAGUAGGGACGAACUGCCUUGGUCCCUACUUACUAUAUCAACUUCUCCUCCCCCUCCUCACCAAGACUGCCAGCUCUUCCCCAACGGCCAGUGUCCGCGUAGCAUGGGCUGCCUCCAUUGACGUACACAUCGACUCACCACCACUUGGGAUGGUUCUCGACGUUGACAGACGUCCCAAGGAUGAUGGCGUGUAACACACCAACUACUCCCAGACAAAAUAUGGCAACGCCUUCCUUGCGCGAGAGUGUGCCAAGGGGACGCCGCAAACAGGAGUCGUACAUGCGGCUUUCAAUCCUGGAAAUUUACGCACCGAAUUGCAGCGGCACUGGACGGGUGCUGCGCACUGGGUUACCGUAUGUUUCUGCGUCGGUCUUCUGCAGUUCUUCACGAAAUCCGAGGGUAUAUGUACUGACCACUUUUGCAAAUACAGGACACAUUCUUACUUUAUCCACCAAUAUUCGGGGCCUACACAGAGCUCUGGACUGCAAUCUCUCCAGAGUUGACCCCGGAUAAAAGCGGUUCUUAUGUCUAUCCCUGGGGAAGAUUUAGCAGUCUUCCGCCUGGAGUCGAUACGGAGGCUGGAAUGAAAGUUGCAGCCAAAUUCGUGGCGUGGUGUGAUAAACAGACGGAGCCAUUCGUACGGACGGAGUGAGACAGGUCUUAUAGAUGAACACAUUUUAUGUAACUCACGCCCAAGAACGCUCGUCAAGCUGUUCUGUCAUGGACGCACUAAUCUCUUCACCUAUUCGCGGAACAUACGUCGCUGAUAAAAUAGCUGUCAAAACAGUCUUUAGUUGGUUUUAUUGAGCGACUUGAGUAGUC